AUGCACUGGGCGUGUAAACGAGGUGACGAGAAUUUGGUCAAGUUACUGGCUGGUGUAACACGUCAGCUUGUCAACGAAAGAUCGGGAUAUACUCCUUUACACAUCGCGAAGCAGUUUCGUCAUGAAAACGUCUAUACUCUCCUAGUUGACACAUAUGAUGCUGACCCAAAUAUUCGUGAUUGGUCAGGAAGAAAACCCAAGCAAUAUUCAGGACAUAUGGACACAUGUUUGUCACCUGGCUCUUACCGCAAAAAAGAAAGCUUUCUGCGUAUCGGCUCGCUGAAUGUACGAGUCAAGAGAACUACAGAAGCGUUCAGCAAUUUCCUGGGCGUCGGCACACCCAGGUCUUCAGCAUACGUGGCCAAGUCGGGUAAAGAUCGAGAGGACAGACGAUCGGACGAUGGCGAACUACACAAGACGUGGGGCUCUGCAGACAAUAUACAGAAUGAUGAUAAACUGAUGCCACCGCCGAUGAGCAGUAAAGUACGGCGCCGGGCCGCCAGCGGACGUAGGGGAGUCGCAUCACACAGUAGGAGUACGCCUUCAACUCCCGAUCAGCCACGAGCUCAAAUUGGCACUAGCGAAGACGGUGACUCUGAUUCGGAUUCAGCUGCUGGAUUCCACGCAGCGUGGAGGCAGCAACGGGCUUCUAACUGUACAUAGCAUCAUCACAACAAUAUUAAGGCUGCAGACACGAAUAUGUGCACCAUCAGAAUAUUAAAAAAAAAUUCACAGAACCAAACAAAACGUGUUAUUAUAAAAAUUGUAUACAAUAAGUAAUCAUUGAAAUUUUGUCCAUAGGAUAAGGUAUUAAGUUUCACAUUACUAAGAUUUUCUU